UCUUAGGUUGCAUACUGAAACUAUGCAACUUUUCAACAUAAACACUAACCGAGUUACACGUAUUUGAAACUCUUUUGAUCUGUUUCGCCACAACUUCAUGACACAUGCUCAUCCAGGUAUGAUAUAAUAAGCCACCAUGCAAGACUUUUCUAUCUUUUAUAUUAGAUAGGCGUCACGAGUCAACUCAUAAGUCAACGAAUGCUAUGCAUAUUUUGAUUCUAUCAUUGGACAAGAAGAUAACUGAAUCAUAGAGAAGAGAAAUGGGGUCAUGGGUGUUCAAGUUUGAUCUUGUUCUGCUCUUUCUCAUGUCGUUCUGGUUCCAUGUAUCCAUUGAAUCUGAUAGCAUCUUUCCAGGGCAGAGACUUUCAGGAAGCGAAACUCUAGUUUCCGAUGGAGAAAUGUUUGAAAUGGGUUUCUUCUCAACAUCAGGUUCAGAACUUGACAAGCAUGGCAAUCUCUCUCUCUAUACUUCCACCGGUGAUGCAGUUUGGUCAACCAACUCUUCCUUUAGUUUGGGUCCUUUGGACUCGAUAGCUGCUAAUCUUCGGGAAGAUGGAAACUUUAUUAUAAGCAGCUCACUUGACGACUACAGUUGGCAAAGCUUUGAUUACCUAACUGAUACCUUGCUGCCUUAUGCGAAGUGGGGAUAUGAUAACGACAGAGGUAUUAAAAAGGUUCUGAAAUCUUGGCUUCAUGCACCUAAUCCAUCAACUGGCAACUUCUCUGCUGAGGUGAGUAGAGUUUCUGCGGAUUUAGCUGAGGUCCAAUUGUUACAAAAUGAUGGUUUUAUGGAGUCUAAAUUCUUCAUAGAUCGGUUUCAAGGAAUCAUAUAUUACACGUAUGUUAUUGAAUUUAACUUUAUAGGAUACUCAGACAAUUACUCGUAUGUAACAUUUUCAUGUUACUCUCUCUCAUCCUGUCUUGCUAGAUAUGUGUUAGAUGGAUCUGGAAACCUCAAACUUUUCUGGUGGUCGGAUGAUAAAAACGAAUGGGUUACCAUCCCCGUGGACCACAAAAAAUGUGACCUUCACAGUGGAAAUGAGGAUACAAGAGUGAAUGGCAAACAUAGUGGAAGGAAGAAUGUUACUUGGGUGAUUGUGGUGGCAGCAAUUGGGCUUGCUAGUGUGAUGGUUGCUAUUGCCAUUUUGCUGAUAAGGCUGUGGAAAAGAGGCACUACCACUUCAUCUAAUGCAAUGGCAGGAGAUACACUGAAGCCGUACAAUUACAGAGAUUUGAGAAAAGCAACUAGAAACUUCACAAUUAAGCUUGGGAAAGGUGGUUUCAGCACUGUUUACAAAGGGGAAUUCCCUGAUUCAACUUUCAUUGCUGUCAAGGAACUUCGAGGACACUUUCAAGAAGAAAAACAGCUUCGAGCAGAACUCAACACGGUAGGGCUGAUCCAGCACAAAAAUCUUGUUCGCUUACUUGGAUUCUGCUUACAAGGUUCCCAGAGAUUCAUAAUUUAUGAUUACAUGCCAAAUGGUUCUCUAGAAUCUCACUUGUUCCAGAGUGAUUCUAAUGUCUUAGAUUGGGGAACUAGAUACAAUAUUGCUCUUGGCACUGCCAAAGGUUUAGCUUACCUACAUGAGCAUUGUAGAGACUGCAUCAUUCAUUGCGACAUCAAGCCGGAGAACAUUUUGUUGGACGCUGAAUUUAAUCCUCAAGUUGCGGAUUUUGGCUUGGCGAAGCUUCUAGGCCGAGACUUCAGCCGGGUUCUUACCACCAUGAGAGGAACAAGAGGCUAUCUAGCACCAGAGUGGUUCUCUGGUGUCCCAAUCACUGCAAAAGUUGAUGUGUAUAGCUACGGCCAGGUCCUUCUUGAGAUCAUUUCAGGUAGAAGGAACAUGGAUAUAGUAAAUGACGAUCUAGCUAGUUAUUUCCCGGCAAUUGUUUUCAAUGCAUUGAACAAUGGGGAGGAUGUUCUGCCUUUAGUAGAUUCCAAACUACAAGGCAAAUUCAGAGCAGAAGAGCUGAUUAGAGCAUGCAAGGUUGGUUGUUGGUGCAUUCAAGAUGAUGAGAAUGAUAGACCAACAAUGAAAGAGGUUGUUCAAGCUUUGGAAGGACAUCUUGAUGUUGGUAUUCCUCCAAUUCCACGGUUUUUCCUGUCCUUAGCAGAACCUUCUGUCCAAAACGGUGAUCUGAAGGAAAUCGAGGAUUAUAGCACAUCGAGCACACUACCUUCAAGUUUCAGCUUUAGCUUUCGACCACCAUCAGUUCAAGUUGAACUAUGAUAUCAUAUCAGUGAGUUGAAAGCUCCUUCAAGAUCAAAGCUUCCAGAAUGCUGAAAUAAAUUAGUCAAGGAUGUAUCUGGUGCUUUCACUGACUUAUGUCAAAAUAUUAUUUUGGUGAAUUAGUCCUAUGAACUUAUUUGAUCUUCUUUACAAUUUGUGUAUAGUAGAAUGGCAUAUGAGAACAAGAAUGGAUUCAAUUUCCCAGUGCUUUUACAUUGAAUUAAAAAUUAAAAAUCUUUGAAUAAGUAAACUUGAUUUCA